CACUGAAAACACACACACACACACAUGCGUCUAAGCAAAACUGCGAAGAGGCAGUUAAGACAGACAGGAAGCACACCAGCAACAUUAUGGGCUUAAGAAUAUUACCAACCAGUGACAGGAACACUUGAGUUUUAAGAAGAAUUUCAGAGGGUCUUCAGUGAGCGUGCACCCUAGGACGCAGCACAGUAAGGAUUCUCUGCAGGACGCCUCGCUGUGUGCUGCUGUUUUGUUUCUGACUUGAAGAUCAGAUUUUUUUUAAAUUAACAAGCCAAUCUGGAACAAGAAGACUUCUCUCUGACCAUUAGAGCAAGAGGUGAGGAUGAAGAAGUCGGACAUGUUUGGCUUCUCUCUGGAGACAGACGACAGGACGGAGGAGGAGAGAUCGCGGCAGAAAGCUGCAAAGAAGGAAGGGCUGGUUUCUGCCCUGGGUUUGGGCAAGGAGUCGCCCGCGGCUCCAAUGGACACCGAUUACCAGGAGGAAAUAGAGGAAGCCAAGCCUAAAAUCAGAUUCAAUCUCAACUUUGACAAAGGGAUUCGAGGUGAGGCAGAGCACAGCAGCAAGAGAGACAGCAAGACGUUUCACAUCGACAGGCUGUUUGAAGCGGUGGCCAGCGGGGACGUCAGUAAGCUGAGCGGCCUGCAUCAUUACCUGCACCAGAACAUGAAGAAACUCUCUGACUCUUUGUAUAAGUCCUAUGGUAAAACCGCCCUGAUGAAGGCUCUGCUGCACCUCAAAGACGGCAAGAACGACACUGUGGAAGUAUUAAUCGACAUUUCGGAGAAGAUGGGCGACGUUAAGGAGUUUGUGAAUUCGGCCUACACUAACAGCUACUACAAAGGCCAGACGGCUCUCCAUAUAGCCAUCGAGAGGAGGAGUCUUCCCUACGUGAAGCUGCUGGUCAGUAAGGAAGCAGAUGUUCACGCCAAAGCCUGUGGAAUAUUCUUCCAGCCACAUGACGGGCCCAAUUUCUACUUUGGUGAGCUGCCUCUGUCUCUGGCAGCCUGCACCAACCAGCCCGACAUUGUGGACUUCCUCAUGGAGAACGACUACCAACGAGUGGACGCGAGGCUGACGGACUCUCAGGGCAACACGGUGCUGCACGCCCUGGUGGUGGUGGCUGACAACUCCGCGCAUAACACAGAGUUUGUCACCAACAUGUACGACCGCAUCCUCAAGACCGCCGCCCGACUGCACCCCAAGCUGAAGCUGGAGGACAUCGAGAACAACAAGCGGCUGACGCCUCUCAAGAUGGCUGCCAAGACUGGCAAGAUUGGGAUUUUUUCACACAUCCUGAAACGGGAAUUCCAAGAGAGUCACACCAAACUGUCCCGUAAAUUCACUGAGUGGGUUUACGGACCCAUCACCUGCUCCCUGUACGACCUGGCCUCUGUGGACUCCUACGAGGACAACUCGGUGCUGGAGAUCCUGGUCUACGGCAGUGACAUACCUAACCGCCACGAGAUGCUCCACACGGAGCCUCUGAGCCGGCUGCUGGACUCCAAGUGGAAGACGUUUGCAGGUCGAAUGUUUUUUUUCAACUUCCUGGUCUACCUCCUGUACCUGAUCAUGUUCACUGCUGUAGCCUACAACAAGCAGGAUGGAGAGCCACCGUUUGCCCUCCAACAUACCACAAUGGGUUACCUGUAUGUUUCAGGCCAGCUUCUGACUGUGCUGGCAAACUGCUAUUUCUUUUUCAUAGGGAUACUCGACAUGAAGAGGAAACGGCCGAAGCUGAAGACGCUGCUGAUUGAUGGAUAUUAUGAGAUUCUUUUUUUAUUCCAGGGAGUCCUCUUCCUGGUCUCUGCCGGGCUGUAUCUGAGCGGGCGGCAGGAGUAUCUGGGCUUCAUGGUGCUGUCUCUCGCUCUCAGCUGGGUGAACCUGCUCUACUUCUCCAGGGGCGACAUACACAUGGGCAUCUACAGCGUCAUGAUACAAAAGAUGAUCCUCAGUGAUAUCCUGCGCUUUCUUUUUGUCUACGUCGUCUUCCUCUUUGGAUUUUCAGCAGCGGUGGUCACCCUGCUCAUUGAGCCUCCUGUGAGAAACACCUCUACAAGUCAGGAGAGGGGGCGCUUCUUUGUUCCUCAGGCCCCCGGCGAGGAGUGCGUAAAACCCACGUACAGAAACAUCUCCUACACCACGCUGCAGCUCUUCAAGUUCACCAUCGGCAUGGGCGACAUGGAAUUCACGGAGCACUACCAGUACAAGGAGGUUUUCUACAUACUCCUCAUCGGCUACAUCAUUCUCACCUACAUCCUGCUUCUCAACAUGCUCAUCGCCCUCAUGAACCGCACCGUGGAGAAGACAGCCACGGAGAGCACCGGCAUCUGGAAGCUCCAGAGGGCUAUCACUAUCCUGGACAUGGAGAAAAGGCUGCCAUGCUGUCUGAGGACGAGGCUUCGCUGUGGGGUGGAGAAAAACCUCGGCACUGCUUCUGAGGAUGGCCGUCGCUGGUGUUUCAGAGUGGAGGAAGUCAACUGGAACAAAUGGAACAUCAACCUGGGCAAAAUCGAUGAGGAUCCCGGGUGCUGGGAACGUGCCCAACAGCCUGCCUCAGAAACCACGCCGAACAGACUGAACAGAGGGAGGAGCUGGAGAGGCUUAUUCACAGAGAGCAGAAGGCGCGGGUGGCAGACAUAUCAGUCCACAGAGAUGAAUCCUCUGAGCAACACGCCAGUCUAAAAGACAACAGAGAGCUUCACUGUGGCUGCUCAGCCUGAGUGACCUGAGCAACGAGGCAUUCAAUCCUAAAGACAGUAUUCAAUUUCAGUUCCCCUAGAAAUUCAACUGCCAAAUGUGUGAAGUGCCUCUCUGACUGAUAGUCCAGUGUCAGCUGGAUUUUAAACAUAGUCUUUGAGGAAAUAUUUCAUAUAUUUACAUAUUGUAGAUAUGUGGUUGUCUGACUGACAUAAUGGUAUCUAAAAAGUCAAAUUUAACUGUGCUGUUUAACUGCCAAUGAAAUCAUCCAUUUGAAAUACAUUAAACAUGAAUCCAAAGGCUUCUGCACAUGCUGUUUCUGUUUCCACCACCUGAACAGGAUCCACAUCCUCUCUGCUCAAAGGCCAUAACCCGCUGGCACCUCUGGCAUCGCUCAGAAUCCUUCAUGGAGUAAUACUGAUCACUAAGGUGCUGAUCCUGCCCCCCUGCUGUGUGCCCUUUAUACAAGUCCCAUUUUCAUCACAGCCAGACAAGAUAAAUCUUCUGCAGCCAGAUAGUCCUGCGGAUUUCACAGCUGGCUUUGUCUACUCCACUUCCUGUUUGCAUUUAGCAGAGGGAGGCAUGAAAAAGGGCAUGAAAGCUCAGAAAUUGGUGCAGCAAUGACCACCUAUAGCACUAGCUGUCGCAGUUACAAAUUACGUGUAGUUUAGAUGGGCCCUCUGAGAUGGUCAGCCACUUGUGAGGCUGAUUAUGUAAGAAGCAAAUCUGUGAUCAGUAGCAUACCUGAGCUGUCAGACAGGAUGACAGCAGUUGAGUAUCUCUCCAAGACCGAGCUCGUGCAGAAUGAAGAGGGCAGGAGAAAACUGCACACCUGUUAUCACAGUCAGUUGAAAUUAAUGUUGCACAUAAUCCAAACAACAGUUCAGACUCAUUUCAAAGCAUAAAUUAGAACUUUAUUUUAUUAUUACAAUAUUACAAAAAGAGUAGCACAACUCUCACGCUCUUGCCUCUUAUCUGUCGUACAGAAUGACACAAAAGAAAGGCUUAUGGACCGUCUUCCAUUUCACAGCAAUAGUACAAGAAACAAAGAAGAAAAUAAAAUUUAAAUAACAAGCAAAUCAAGUAUUAUAAAUAGUCACAACUGCAAACUGAAGCUUUGAAACUUGGAAAAAAAUGUUACAGCUCAGUAACUACACAUUGCUAAAAUAUAUAAUUACAAAAUAUUACUCCUUUUCUUGCUUUCCAUAAUAAAGAACCUCU